AUGGGCAGUAAAGUAAAAGAAUCAUCAGACAUAAAGCAGGAGAAAAUUACUCGAGAGGAAGCACUCAAUUUAUACACCAAUACAUUAAACUUCAAUGUGAUCAGUAGGUACGAUCCUGCUAUAAAACAAUUGCUAUGUAAUACCUCCCAUUGUGUAUUGUACAAUUUCAAUGACGAAACUGAGGAAUGGGUCAAGUCCGACUUUCAAGGGACACUUGCAUUAUAUAUUAGAGAGUUUAAGGUCCCAAAAUCCAAUUCUGAGCCACCAACUUAUCAGGAUUUGCAGGACCUUUUUUGCUACGGGCUUGUGCUUUUGAAUAGAAAUAACCCAGAGUGUUUUUCAUUGGGAUUGUUGCCAAACAAAGUUAGUGGACAUUUCUUUCCUAAUGGGUUGAAUAACUCGUCUAUUCUGGAGAUGGAUGUUGAAUUGAAUGAUAAUUUGAUCAUCAUACGAAAUCUUUUGGGUGAAAUUUAUGGUUUGUGGGUUUUCAAUGAAAAUGACAGAAUCAAGUUAUUCAAGUCUAUAGAAUUUUGUCUUAACAGCGAUGCUAAUGUAGAGUAG